AUGCCACCAAAACCUCCCUCAUCAUCCAGGGCAUGGGAUGGCCUGAACCCCCCACUUUCACAAUGGGCCUUGGACGCUGUAUCCUCCAUGGGCUUCACUCGGAUGACCCCAGUGCAAGCCUCAGCAAUUCCUCUAUUCAUGGCACAUAAAGAUGUGGUCGUGGAGGCUGUUACAGGAAGUGGAAAGACACUUUCGUUUUUAAUGCCGGUUGUUGAGAAGCUUCUGCGUCUUGAUGAACCCCUCAAGAAACACCAUGUUGGUGCUAUUAUCAUUUCUCCAACAAGAGAAUUGGCCUCGCAAAUCUAUCAAGUUCUCUUGUCUUUAUUAGAAUUCCACCCAGCAUCCGCUGCUGCGAUUCAUCCUCCUGAAGGCGAUGCGCCGCGCCCGAAAACCUCAUCUUCCGUCAAAAAGGUCGUCCCACAGCUUUUGUUAGGUGGCACUACGACCCCUGCAGAAGAUCUCAGUACUUUUUUGAAGAAAUCUCCGAAUGUCCUCGUCUCUACACCGGGAAGACUGCUAGAGCUACUGUCUUCUCCUCAUGUUCAUUGCCCGCAAUCUUCAUUUGAAAUGCUUGUUCUCGAUGAAGCCGACAGACUUCUGGAUCUUGGAUUCAAGGAUGACCUCCAGAGAAUUUUGCGAUACUUGCCUAAACAGCGAAGAACUGGUCUAUUCAGUGCUAGUAUCAGUGAAGCCGUCGAUCAAAUCGUCCGAGUUGGACUUCGCAACCCCGUUAAGGUAGCUGUCAAGGUCAAAGGUGGAGGCGGCGCCGACGACAAACGAACCCCUGCAAGUCUUCAAAUGACCUAUCUCACAACACCCCCGGCGCAUAAAUUCUCUAUACUAAAGCAAAUCCUAUCAUCUGUUCAACCAACACCACAAAAAAGCAUAUUCUUUGUAUCAACAUGCUCCAGUGUUGAUUAUUUGGCCAUGAUUCUUCCAAUCAUCCUAGGAGAUGAUUUCCUUCUUGUUCCUCUUCACGGCAAACACCCUGCCAAUGUCCGCCAGAAAAACUUUACUCGCUUUACCACCGCCACCACCCCCUCGAUUCUCCUUACUACUGAUGUUGCCUCUCGUGGCCUGGAUAUUCCAUCCGUUGAUCUCGUCGUUCAGAUCGACCCACCCUCAGACCCCAAAACCUUCAUCCACCGAUGUGGCCGAGCAGGUCGCGCUGGCCGAAGAGGCCUGAGCAUUGUCCUAUUGCACCCGGGGAGAGAGGAAGAAUAUGUAUCAUUCUUGGAAGUACGGAAAACACCUGUCGCACCUUUCAGUCUUCCGACUCCAAGUUCUGAUGUGGAUGCGGCUGUAGCGACUCAGGCUGUUCGUGCUGUGAUUCUCAAGGACCGUGCUCUUCAUGAUAAAGCCAACAAGGCUUUUGUCAGCUGGCUCCGCAGUUACAGCAAACAUCAAGCCAGCAGUAUCUUCCGUGUGCCCGAUCUUGACUGGGAAGCCCUAGGGAAGGCGUGGGGGCUUCUUCGCUUGCCAAAAAUGCCCGAACUUCGCAACUUUACAGGAGAUAAGACGCUUGGGGUUAGUAAUGAUUGGGAUAACUUUGCUUAUAAGGAUAAGCAGCAGGAGAAGCGGCGCAAGGAGGUUAUGCAGGAGAUUGCAGAGGGUAACAAACCUGACCACCCGAAAAAGCGGCCUGCUGGCGAGGCUGUGGCCUGGAGCCAAAACCAAGAAUCUAGAGAGAAAAAGCUCAGGCGCAAGGAGUCAAAGAAAGCAUUCAAAGACAAGGAGAGAUGGGAACAAUUGCCUGAAGCCGAAAAGCAGAAGGUCCGUGAGACAGAACAGAUGCUUGAGACAAUUCGGACCAAAAACGAGCAGGAACGGUUGGAGCGGAUGGCCCAAGCUUCUGGCAAAGCAGGUGCUGAUGGUGGUGAUGAUUUCGAAGGUUUCGAUUAG